GUUUAUCUAUAUUCAUAAAAAAUUCAAAAGGCAUUAAUAUGUCCGACCAUAUUGCAAACGAGAACGUUUAUGCAUAUACAAUCAGUGCAUGGCCGUAUUAGUCUACGGGAGCAAAGAAUAUUAAAACACUUUUCAUGAGCAUCAUGGAUUCUGUAUGCCUAGAAAACAAUACAAACUUACAAAGGGAGCCUUCAUUUACCAUUAGGGAUACAACUGAAGUUUGUGCAAGUUCCUCUUUCACAAACGAGGUGACAAAAACCGUGGACAGUUUGGCCGACAUCGCUGGACAGGACGAUGAAAAUCCCAGUAGUUCAAACUCUUCUCAUCAAUAUGAACCAGGAAGUUCGAAUGGUAAUGGUAGUGGUAAUACAACGGACACUACAGCAAUUAAGAGACCAUUGUCCACUAAAUGUAGAUUUUCAUACGAUGAUGUUCCUGGUACUUCGAGAAUGAGCCAGUCUGUUUCUAUCUUGGAGGAUGAAUACGACGUGUCUUCCACUUACAGAAGGAAAAAUGGAACCAAAAUCAGCAGAGAGGGUUCCGACCAGGCCAAUGCUAUAAAAAGAACGAGAUCUAGAAUCAACAGCAUGUACCAUAGUAAUUGGACGGAGGUUACCCUAAAAAGGAAGAGGAUGAGGUUUCUAUCUGCAUUAGUGUACCUAAUCAUCGUUGUCUCUAUAGCAGUUGGUCUUACAUGGUAUUAUUGGUUCGUCUGGAAUCCGCUAUGUAUCAACUUACCAUGGAAACAUACCAAUUGCACAGCAGAGGAAUGAAACUUUAAAGGAAGAACCUUAGACAGAUCAAAAACAAAGAUAUGGAAACGGUGUGAUUCAACUGGAAACAUUUACUUUUGGAUAGCAUAGGCAUUGAUAGUAGCGGUCAAUAUAUGUAUGACACAGAUGGAUGUAACUUUAAAAGAACGUUUGUCAUGUAUAUAUAUCAUUAGCUGAACAGAUCUUGAAGAAGAUAUUUGUAUAUUCCUUAGACAAUAUUUUAGAAAUGAUACUUAGAUAAUUUAUUAGAAGACGAUAUCUUUGAAAGGAUAUUUGUAUAUUUCAUUAGACAAAGAUGUGUUUGAUAUAUAACAAGAUGACAAUAUCUUGAAAAGACUUGUAUAUUUCAUAAGGUGAAUCCUUAGACGAUCUCUUGGAAAAGGAUAUUUGUAUAUUCCAUUAGGAGAGGAUAUCUUGGAAAGGAUAUUUGUAUAUUCCAUUAGGAGAGGAUAUCUUGGAAAGGAUAUUUGUAUAUUCCAUUAGGAGAGGAUAUCUUGGAAAGGAUAUUUGUAUAUUCCAUUA